AUGCGAAAGCGUGGCGCUGGCGUAUCUCAAAUAAGAAGGCAACAACGUGCCAAUGAUCAAUAUCGUGAGAUCGGAAACAAUUUUGCGGAUCGACAAAUGGAACAGAUGAAAUCUCAGUUGCAAGUCUUUAAAUCAAAUUUAGUGGAAUUCUCUCGUAAAUACCGUAAGAGCAUUCGUAAGGAUCCCGUGUUCAGACAACAUUUUCAGACGAUGUGCAGUACAAUUGGCAGAAAAUUGAUUACAGCAAAUAAGGGCUUCUGGUCUGAACUCUUGGGGGUUGGAGAUUUUUACUAUGAACUUGGUAUACAAAUCAUUGGUGUAUGUUUAUCUACGAGAGGUAGAAAUGGUGGAUUAGUUGAAUUGGGAGAAUUAAAGCGUCAGUUGACUAAAAUGCGAAGUGGAGGUAGUUCUGCACAAGAAAUUAGUGACGAUGACAUCAUACGUUCUAUAAAAACACUCAAGCCAUUGGGUAAUGGAUUUGAAAUAUUACCAAUUGGUGAUCGUAAAAUGGUUAGAUCUGUACCCCGUGAACUGAAUAAAGAUCAAACGGACAUAUUGGUCUUGGCUCAAGAACGAGGUUAUGUUACAAAAGAGUUGUUAAGUGCUGAAUUUGGUUGGGGAAAUGAACGUAUCAAUGAUGCAAUUGACACAUUGCUUGUUGAUGGCCUUUGCUGGAUUGACGAACAAGUACAUCCGCCGGAAUAUUGGGUGCCUAGUUUCUUCAAAGGCGUAGAUGAUUAA